AUGAGAAGGAACAAGGAGUUUUUUCAUGCCAUUACUCAAACGCCUGCAGUGAUGAGAACAUCACAGUAUUCUGUUGAAUGUGGUCCUUUGAGUAAUAAUGGUUGUACAGUUACCACAGACAUUCACACAGUGUCAUCGUUGUCUUUAUUGGAUCGUCAACAUGUUGAUUUGCCCGCUUCAGCAACCAUUGUCCCUCGCUCAAGAACAAUGACCACAGCUUGUGAAACAGCGCUGUUUCCAUGUCAUCAUCGUUUGGUACUGCCGAGCAACAUGAUUUCCAUUCCUUCAAAACACCACAUGAUUUCCACACAAAACACCCCAAGUGAAACGAAAAUAAGAGAUUGGAAAUGGAAAUUGGAAGAUGGAAUCAGAAAGAAAAGGCAACGAAGAAGAAGAGAUACCUGGAAGAACAAGAGUGUGGUUGGUGUUGAAAAAGCAAGUGUGGCUAGCGGUGCAUCUCAUGCAUGUGAUAAGCCACAUCAAGAUGCCAAUCAAAACAAUGACAAGGACAUGUACUCCAACACGGUAGUACCAUUUAUAAUCGUGUCCACACGAAACAAACAAGACAUCAUCACACAUGGGCAAUGCCAAGAUCAAACACGGGCCAAAACAUCCUCGGCAUGCACGGAAAAUGAACAAUUAUCCUCCUCUUCGUCACACUCAUUACCCUCUCAUGAGAAUGGAAUUAUUCCUCACGUGGUGAGUUCGCUUCUAACUACUUCUUUCCUGACUCUAACCAAUCAAUCUUCAUCCUUACCAUCACAUCAUCAAGUACUAACUGUGGCAACGUCGAGCUCGACAACAACCCCACCACCUCAGAGAAAAUACGUAAGGACAUCAAUAACAAUUUCAGAGCUGCUCAAUUAA